UGCGGCCCUAGAUUAAAUUAGUGAGCAUCAGGGCAGACAGGGGAAGUACUCGGGGAAGCUGGACGAGCAGAGAGUGGGACAAGAGCUCUGUCGGUGCAGAGAACCACUAUUUUGGGAGGUGGACAGGACACUUUCUUUUUCUUUUCUUUUCUUUUCUUUUCUUUUUUCUCCUUCCCUGCUGAACAGUGGAAAUGGAAGCCUUGUCAUAUAUUUUUCUUUUGGCUUGUGCCUGCUUUGUUUAUCAGGCUGAUGGACGCAGAACAUACAGUGACAUGUUCCCCCACAAGCAUGCCCUAGCAGGAAAGUUUCCUUUUCCAAUUCCACCAAUUCCUGGCUGGGAUCCUGACACAAACCCGUGGGACGAUUACCUCUACCCACCACUAAACCCAAAGCCAAAGGAGCUCAUGCACCGAAGAGGUAAACCCAAGGUUCGUCUGACCAGUGACAGUCCAGCUCUGAACGGCUCUUGUAUCUCCUUCACUGCCAAGCUGGAGUACCCUCCGUGCCAGAAGGAGGAUGCCAGUGGGAACCUUGUCUGGGAUGAUCACUGUGAGGACGGUACGGAGCUGGAGGCCUCAGCCAAUGGACAGGUUCGUUCUGGCUACGUGUACAACUGGACUUCUUGGUUGGAUGACUAUGGCUUCGGAAAGUGUACAGACAUGACAAAAUGCAAUGUGUUCCCUGAUGGGAAACCUUUCCCUCAGAGCAAUGACUGGAGACGCAAGAGCUACGUCUACGUGUGGCACACAAUGGGCCAAUACUAUGAGACGUGUGAUGGCUCAUCCUCGAGCGUGACCAUCAACACCACCAGCAUCCCACUGGGGGCAGACGUCAUGGAGAUCAUGGUCUACAGGAAGCGUGAGCGCAGGAAGUACAGUCCCCUCACCACCGACAACACCGUCUUCUACGUCACAGAUAAGAUCCCGGUGGUGGUCAACAUCUCCCAGAGGGCUGCGGUCAACGAGUCGAAGAACGUUUUCUUCCGUGGUGAGGAUGUGGUCUUCAAAGUCCAGCUUCACGACCCCAGCGGCUACCUCAAAACUGCCGCAGCCAUUGACUACAUCUGGGACUUCAGAGAUGGCAACCAGCUGGUAACACACCGUGAAGUGACCACGCACACCUACAGCUCGCUGGGGAGCAUGAGUGUGAAGCUGGUGGUGGAGGCGGCGUUCCCCGUGGAGUGUCCACCAGCUGCUGCCACCACGACUCCGAGGAGCUUCACGCCACCGCCUCCUACAGAGGCUCCCACACCUCCAUUCGGUACUCAUGCUGUUACUGUCAAGAUGGAGACCACACAUGUGCCACCCAGCACCAGCCGGCCCUUCCCCCGCUCCUCUCCCAGUGCCACAACAGGGUUGCCGACCACCGAGCCCCUCCCGCCUACUGUUGCCAGUGCCACCCCAGAGGCCAGGCCCGCCACCCCGGCCUCGCUCCUCAAAAGACGCCUCAACAGCAACGGGUGUUUCCGCUACGCCUAUGGAACCUUCAUGGGGAACAUCACCAUUAUCGAGCCAAAGCACGCGCUCAACACCCAACCAAACAGUCGCAUCGUGGACGUGUCAGCUGCCAGAGUGACAAAAACUGACAUCACCUUCCUUGUGAAAUGUCUGGGCAGCAUCCCCACUUCAGCAUGCACCAUUGUGUCAGACCCCAGCUGCACUCAGGUGCGUAACAUCAUGUGUGACGAUGUGCCGCCGUCGGCAGCGUGUGAGGUGCAUCUGAGGCGAACAUUUCUGGAGCCUGGCACCUACUGUGUCAACAUCACCCUGGAGGACUCCAGCAGCAUGGCCCUCGCCAGCACCACCGUCACCAUCAACAAGUCCCAGGACACACCUGUGUCCAAGACUUCUCACACUGCAGAGGUGGUCCUCUCAUCGAGCGCUGUGUUGGUGGCCGUCUUUGCAUUCAUCGCCUAUCUAGUCUACAAGCGUUACAAGGUGUACCGACCCAUUCGUAGGUCACUGGUGGAGGACGCCUGUGGCCAUGCCGGGGUCGGAGGUCCUAUGGUCCGCCUGAGGGAGGCACUCUUCCCCUCCAGUGAGGAGAGCCGUCACCUGCUGACAGAGCGACGCCCCCUGUAGGCUUUAGAGAGCUACACCAAAGUGCCUCUGCCCUGAAGAAAAAUAACUGCCCUAUGAAAAUCUAAGCAAAAAUAUAAUCAUUAAAAAGUCAAGAUAGCAGGAAUAGAUUUGUGUCUACAGUAAAAUAUUAAUAAAUAAUACUCAUGUUUUUUUUGUCUUAAUUAAGUUGCUACUUGAAAAGGCUAAUGUUACAGAAGAAUGUGAUUGGUAGAUGAUUAACUAAAGAGGCUGUUAUAUGUCUGGCUGCUCAUUUUAAUCUCAGUGUGGAUGAAGUAGUUGCUAAGAGAUGAACUGGGUUCAAGUCCUGCCUGUUUUUUUUUUUUUUUUUAUUAAAGCAAAACAAAUGCUUUUGUGCAAAUUCUGUGCUAAGCAGCGCUUUACAGAAGCUGUGCAUUAUUCUGCAAUAACAGUCUAAAAUUAAGUAUGAAAUCCUUGAGAUGAUUUUGAUUUAUAAGAUUUAUACUAAGCUUCCUCAAGUGAAUUAAAAUGGAAAUUUUUUAAUGUUAGACUCAAAAGCUAAACCAAAGAACUCAUUGGAGACUAUACACGACUAAUAAAGAUUGUGAACUAACCACUCAUCUUUGA